CAACCCCGUUAACAUACGUCUCCAGCAACAAACAAACAUCCCUCAGUCACCUCCUGUUAGUUUACUUCGUCUGGAGAGACCUUCACGCGGGGAAAGCCCCUUCUUCGGAGAAAAUCCCAAAUUACGUUAAUCUUAAGGCAUUUCAGACAGUACUGGAAGCGUGGUGCCUCUUCAUUCCGAGCGGCGGAGCCUCCGGUAUGACCCUGAUCAAGUGGGAAGGUGAGCGGGAAGGCAGCAUCAUCUCAGUUGUGCGCUCGAAGGCGGGGUGAGCGUACGUCGUCCCAGGAGGUCCCUUGCGUCGCGCUCUUCGCCUCUUGCCCGUGGACGCUACGCCUGGAAGAGCCUGUUUUGAAAACCUUGGAACAUUGUGCUGGUGUUUUGACCGCUGGAAUUUUGUUCUUAUCAUUGGCUGGGUGUGAGUGUUUGGACAAGAUUCCUAUUUUGUGGAAAUCGGGAGACUUGUAGAUUACUUGAAAGAGCUUCAAGAAACUCGGAGAAAUACUCGUGUAUUAGGACCAUUGACAAAGUGCCACUUUCCCCAACACAAGUGUCUCUUACACUGGAAAAGUAACAACAUAAACCUCAAAACUCUAAAGUCCAACCCAAUUAGCACUCAAAAAAACUAUACCACACAAUCCCUCGAGGGCAGGUAGAAGCUACCCUCCAUCAGCGCCACCAGCAGUAGGUCGCUACCUCAAGAAGAUGUUCUGAGAGGACCCGCGUGACUCCUGGAUUGUUUGCCAGUUGGGAGAGUCGGGUCUCGCAACACUGUGAAGAAGCCACCAGUAAGAGGAUUAAGCGUGUUAUGGAUUGGCCAAGAGGAGCUCCUCCAGCCUAAAAAUCUCCGCCAUCGUUCUAAGAGGACGAGGGCUGAAGGGUGCUGCUGCCGCACACACACACACAACCACCUGUAGAAGUCAAUAUUAGCCCAAGAUGAACCAGCUGUGUAAGGUGUGUGGGGAGCCGGCCGCCGGCUUCCACUUCGGCGCCUUCACCUGUGAGGGCUGCAAGUCGUUCUUCGGGCGGACGUACAACAACUUGUCGCAGGUGCACGAGUGUAAGAACGGCGGCCAGUGUGUCAUCAACAAGCAGAACAGAACGUCGUGUAAGGCCUGCAGGCUCCGCAAGUGUCUUAUGGUCGGCAUGUCCAAGAGCGGCUCAAGGUACGGACGAAGGUCCAACUGGUUCAAGAUCCACUGUCUGCUGCAGGAACAAGCGUCGCAGCUCCAAGGAAUGGAUGGCGGGGGAGGGUGUGGGGGAGGGGCGUUCCCUGGGGCAAUGGCGGGGUCUCUCUCCCUCUCCCCGGCCUCCAUGCCCGCCCUCUCCCCGUCCAAGUCUGAGGACGAGGCUAAGGUGGAGUCGCCGGUGUUGUCGUCCCCUGAGAGUUGCCUGUCGGAGACCAGCAUCGACGUGGAGCCUCGCAGGACCUCAUCACCCAAAGAGAUGAGUACGGUUGAGGGUAUGGUGCGGGGCGACCGGUACAGCGAGGGUGGGCGUGGUGAGGGCGGGAGGCGGGAGAUAAUGGGCGCGGCGGGACUGUCGCUGUAUGGCAUCCCUGGCCUCUCCCUCCUGCACGCCUCCCACCUCUACUCCCGCCUCUACCCUCCCAUGCUGUACCCCGGCCUGGCUCCCUCCCUUCUGAUGCCUCCCCGCGCCCUCCCACCCCCUAGCCCGCCGAAGGAGCUCACCCUCAGCAGCCCCCGCUCCUUCAGCCCCGGCAGGCACAGUCCCCGCCCCACGAGCUCCCCCGGGCGGAUCCCACACGACUACCCGUCGCCACUGCCCCCACCUCUCGCCCUGCCCCUCGGUUUCCCUUACUCCUCCAGGAAGCGCCUGGCAGACUCCCCCAUCGAGGAGAUGAGGACUUCGAGCCUCAGCCCCAGGGCGUGGGAGGCCGCCCCCGCGCCCGAGCAGGACGCACCCAUCGACCUCAGCAUCAAGCGCCAGCGCCUCCUGCCGCCUCCUCCGUCCCCCGCUACGCCCGUGUCCCCACCCGUGUCGCCCGUACACACGCCCGUGCCCACCUCAACGGCCCCGGUGGACCUCACCACCAAGGCGUGAGGCCUGUGAUACCGUCACUAUGGUACAAACAGUCGCCCCUCCUCCCUCAGGGUGUGUGGCCACAGUCCCACCCUUUGUCCUCCACUCUCCUCAUCUUGCUAAUUAAUUAACAUCUACGUUUGUGUGGCGCUCGUUACACCUUAUUGCUGCUGCCCUACACGUGGGUCACAGCCGGACUACACGUGCGCCACAGCCGGGUUACAUGUAGGCCACUGCCGGGCUACACGUGGGCCACAGUCGGGUUACACUUAGGCCACCAACCUUCCUCGCAGAAACUAAGGCAGUGGAGGCGGAGUCCGCGGGUGGCGACAUCUGCAGCGCCUUGGCCACAUAUCAGGAACAAGAGCCAAGACCCGGACGGACGGACAGACGGACGGACGCUGGGUCAGGCACCUCCACCUGUUGAGUGAUACUUGAUAACAGUGCAAAUCUCAGACUACAGAUGGUUUAUCGUGGGUUUAGAGUGAGUCGCCUAGUACUGGGUCAGCUAGUCCUGGGUCACCUAGUCCUGGGUCACCUAGUCCUGGGUCACCUAGUACUGGGUCACCUAGUCCUGGGUCACCUAGUCCUGGGUCACCUAGUCCUACUCUAAACCUAACAACAAAAAGGUGAAUUCUGGUGUAGUGAUGAACGUGAUUGGAUGAUAAACAAUUGACUGUCAUACAUAUAUUAACUGAAGGUCACAAGUGAUAAAAAAAAUAAGUAUUACAAACAUGACGAUUUCAGUGGUGAUUUUUUUUUUAUGUACCUAUUUAGUGCAAUUGAAUCCCUGACUACAUACAAUACAUUCCAAAUGAGUAUUAAGUUGAUCCAAGUGAUUAUUAUUAUUAUUAUUAUUAGUCUAUUAAUAAAUAACCAGAAUUCGCCUCAUCGAAGAGUAUAAUUAAUACAGAUUUACUUUAUCCAGAUGGAAAAUAAAUAAAUAAAUAAGAAUUUAUUAUAAGGCUUCACUGGAAUUCGAUCUUUUCGAAUUCUCAAGUGUAGCGAGUCAGUGUUUUUUUUUUAAUUAUUUUUCUCCGAGAGUUUAAUAUAUUCCAGAAGGUUCUUGCAGGCCUUAUUAUCUUAAAACCAAUUCCUCCUCAAUAAUGUUCACCUUCCUAGGUAGUGGAUGGUGAGCCUUAUAGUCGAGGAGCUCCAGUUGGUUGUGUAUAGAGUAUAUAUGUCAUUUUUUAAUAAGUCUCCCUUCCUUCCCUCAGAUAGUGUACUAGUUGCAUAGUUCCCGAGUGACUAUUACUAUUUUUUUUGUGUUUGACGUAGAGAAUUGUUUACUUAUUUAUGUGUGUGUAAAUGUGUUGGUGUAUAUAAAGCCUUGUACAUACUGCGAAGGCCAGUUAUUGAGAUGCUGCUUGUGUCCUAAUAAAAAAAAUAUUAAGGCAU